AUGACGGUUUCUUAUAAUCUGGACGUGUCGUCCACAUCCAUACUUGGAUUCCUGAAAUUGCAGUUUCGAUGGCGUGGAUCCAUAUGGAAAUCUGUCAUGAAGGCAAGUUUGCACUCUAAGCACUCCAAGCACUCGAAAAAGUGGAUGCAUUUGGAACUGACGGUGUUCUUGACGGCAUUUGCUGUCAUUACAACAAUUUAUCGUACUAAUCAUUUUCUUUCCGAGCAACAACGAAAGUUCUGGGACGAGAUUUCGGCAUUGUUUGACCAGACGCUCGACUAUAUCCCUUUAACAUUUAUGCUCGGUUUCUUUGUGACCAUUAUUGUUGGGAGAUGGAAUCAAAUCUUCACUAACAUGGGAUGGAUCGAGAACACAGCUCUAAUUACUGCGACAUAUCUGCGCGGAAGCGACGAGAAGAGUCGUAUGAUGCGACGGAAUAUCAUCAGAUAUAUGGUCUUGGCUCAG